AUGAGCGAAAAUAAAUUCAGAUGGGAGGAGGCAUUCCAAAAUACAUGGGACAAACACGACGGAGGAAACGACAUAUUCGCGCUAAACGUCAACAGAAGGACAGAAAACCUGCAGAGAGGAAUAGUUCGAAGGGUUCUGAUUGUGCUAGAUAUGUCGAGCGCAAUAGAAGAGAGAGAUUUACUGCCAUCAAGGAAGUACUAUGUAAAAAAAUCAGUAAUAAAGUUUUUCCGCUCAUUUACGGAGAGCAACCCUCUGUCUACCGUGGGAAUGGCUGUGGUCAGCGAAGGAACAUCGUAUCUUGUGAGCUCCAUCAUCUCGGAGGAGGAGGAAAUUGAAAUGUGCUUCAGCCAAAGCGAGGGCGCAGGGAAGUUCUCACUGGGCGCAGCAUUUGAAACAGUGAAUGAGUUCUUCCAGGGGUGCUCGUUUUUGAAAGAGGUUAUUUUUAUUAUCUCUGGAUUUUCCUUUAUUGGCAGAAGCCCACUUUUUUUGAAAAACCAGCUGAUAAACAGAGGAAUCAUCAUGCACACUAUACACAUGGCGGGAGAGAUGGAAAUACUCAAGAGAAUCAGCGAAGAGAGCGGCGGGGUCUUUGGGGUUGUCAACUGCCCAGAGGAUCUAAGCACUCUCCUGGGGCUGAUAUGCAUACCGCCCCCGCACAGUGCAUCUGCUCGGCUCGCAAUGCUUAAAAUUGGAUUUCCAACUGUCAUAAACGAAAGCACAAUAUGCGCCUGCCAUUUGGAGCUGAAGGAGUGGGGGUACGAGUGCCCCUUCUGCACAACAAAAGUGUGCAAUGUUCCGGGAGUGUGUCCGAUAUGUGAAAAUAUCCUCAGUGCUGCUGUGCAUCUUCUUAAGGCGCUCCACUGGAGCAACUCUGCACCGAUCUACACGCCGGGGGACAAGGGAGAGUGCGAGGGAUGCAACAAAAAAGACACCAUACUCCACUCCUGCCCUGCCUGCCAGCACAAGAUGUGCGUGGACUGCACAGGGUUCAUCCGACAGGAGCUUAACUUCUGUAUAUUCUGUGCUGAUGAUAGCAACAGUCUUUUAGACAAAAAAUAG